AUGUCCCAGUCAUCAUGGCCUCCAGAACUCAAAGCUUGGGUCCAGACAUGUCUCACACGAGCGACUGCAGCAAACAAGGAAGCUGUUAGCAAUGAACUCAAACAGGUCUUGUUCACGGCACAUGCGCAGGGCAGUAUCAAUACCACCGACUGGACAAAGAUGGAGCUUCAGGCACUGAAAGCGCAGACAAACCGGACGACGUAUAUGCCCCAGCCGGUUUUCCCUCCUACCACUACGAUACCUCCGGUCGCCUCGACGAGCACGCUGAAAGAAGUGCCGUCGAAGAAGAAGAAGAAGAAGAAUGACGGCCCCGGAUUCCCUUCCCCUUACCAUUUCGCCACCACCGAAGAAGAAGAAGCGAAAGCUCGGCGCGCCGCCCGAUUCCAGCAACCAGCCGAGCCGGCUCCUCAACCGCAACUUGUUGGCGUGGCGGGGUUCUUUGACCGAGGGGACAAUAUGACGAUGAAGAAGAAGAGACUGGCGUUGGGACAGAUGGGUAUUGAUGAGGACAUGUCGAAUGAUCCUAACGUGGUGGAUUGGGAUCAGUAUACUAUACGAGGAACAAGUACCAAAUUAGAAAAGUCGUAUCUACGGCUGACAUCAGAACCUUCACCUUCGACUAUCCGACCACUCCCCAUAUUGCAGCAGACGCUCGACCUUUUGGUCUCGAAAUGGAAACAAGAGCACAACUAUGCGUAUGCGGUGGAUCAGUUCAAGAGUAUGAGACAGGAUUUGACGGUUCAACGUAUCAAGAAUGAUUUUACGGUAAAGGUUUACGAAAUUCACGCCCGAAUCGCCCUGGAAGCAAAGGAUCUCGGUGAAUACAACCAAUGUCAAUCGCAACUCCGGCAACUGUACGAGCUCGGCUUGAACGGACACCCCAACGAAUUCCUGUCUUACCGUAUCAUCUACAUGCUGCACACGCGCAACCAAAGUGAUAUGGCUUCCUUGAUGGCUCAACUGACUGACGCUGAAAAGCUGGACCCGGUCAUCAAACACGCGCUCGACGUUCACGCUUCGCUUGCUACUUCCAACUAUUACCGUUUCUUCUGUCUUUUCCUUGAAGCGCCGAAUAUGAGCGGUUAUAUUAUGGAUCACUUUGUUGAGAGGGAGCGCAUGUCUGCUUUAUCAAUCAUGUCAAAAGCUUAUCUCACGCUCCCCCUCCAAAUCAUCUACCGCACCCUCGCAUUCGACACCGAAGAAGAAACUCACCAAUUCCUCAACUCUCACUCUGCCGCCGUCUACACCAACGCCCAUCAGCAUGACCAACACGGCUUCCGCACUGCUACCCGUGAUCUUGUUUGGGACUGCAGGAAGGCGCAUGCGGCGUGUCAGAAAGGGAUUGAAAAAUAUAGGGUUGUGGAAUUGAAGGGGCAGGUUGAUUAG